UCCCCCAAGCCCGCUCCCGCGGCCGCCGCUGCCGCCGCCGCCGCCGCUACCGGAGGCGCAGGAGCCUCGCGAUAGUGUUUGCACAGGCGGCGCGUGACGCCGCCGCCGCCUGUAACUGAUGCAGAGGUUACCCCGCCGCCUCAGCCGCCACCCACCGCCCGCUGCCGCUGCCGCCGCCGCCGCCGCCGCCUCUCGGGCGACGCCUGGGGCCGACGCACUGCAGAGGUGCCGGCAGGUUCCGCCCGCGGAAGUCUCCUCUGCCGGCGCAGCCCUCGCUCCGCCCGCGCUCCGACCCCGGCCCUGGCGGGCGCCCCCUCGACGCCUCUGCCGCCGCGCUCCUUCCCUCCGCCUCUUCUCCGGCGCGCCCGCCCGCUCCCUCGCUUCUCCCCCUUUCCCUCCUCCCCGUCCCCUCUCCUUCCCUCACCUCUUUCCUCCCCACCUCCCCUCUUGGUUUCCUCCCCCAUCCCCUUGACUCUCCCCUCCCUGCCCUUGCUCUCUCACUCGCCCUCAGCGCGGCCCCCGCCAUGACGGAGGCGGGUGCCGGUGCCGUUGCCGCCGCUGCCGUCGCAGGGGGGGAGUCGGGUUCCCAGAAAGUAGCUUGAUGAGUGUCCAAAGUAGCAGUGGAAGUUUGGAGGGGCCGCCAUCUUGGUCCCAGCUCUCCACGUCUCCAACCCCGGGCUCGGCGGCGGCGGCCAGGUCCCUGCUGAAUCACACGCCGCCAUCCGGGAGGCCCAGGGAAGGUGCAAUGGAUGAGCUUCAUAGUCUGGAUCCAAGAAGGCAAGAGUUACUGGAAGCUAGAUUUACUGGAGUUGCAAGUGGAAGCACUGGGAGUACGGGCAGUUGCAGUGUUGGAGCUAAAGCCUCAACAAAUAAUGAAAGCUCUAAUCACAGUUUUGGAAGCUUGGGAUCUUUAAGUGACAAAGAAUCAGAGACACCAGAGAAGAAACAAUCGGAAUCAUCCAGGGGAAGAAAGAGAAAAGCAGAAAACCAGAAUGAAAGUAGUCAGGGAAAAAGUAUUGGGGGACGUGGCCACAAAAUUAGCGACUAUUUUGAAUACCAGGGUGGAAAUGGCUCAAGUCCAGUGAGAGGCAUACCUCCUGCAAUCCGUUCUCCUCAGAAUUCACAUUCACAUUCCACUCCUUCCUCCUCUGUUCGACCGAAUAGCCCUUCUCCUACUGCAUUAGCAUUUGGGGACCACCCUAUUGUACAACCAAAGCAGUUAUCCUUUAAAAUUAUUCAGACUGAUCUCACAAUGCUGAAAUUAGCAGCAUUAGAAAGUAAUAAAAUCCAGGACCUGGAAAAGAAGGAAGGACGUAUAGAUGAUUUGCUCAGGGCUAACUGUGAUCUCAGACGGCAAAUAGAUGAACAACAAAAAUUACUUGAAAAAUAUAAAGAACGAUUAAAUAAGUGCAUAUCAAUGAGCAAGAAACUUCUUAUUGAAAAGAGUACGCAAGAAAAACUGUCAAGCAGAGAGAAGAGUAUGCAAGAUCGAUUACGCCUUGGGCACUUUACAACAGUUAGACAUGGCGCUUCAUUUACUGAGCAGUGGACAGAUGGUUUUGCAUUUCAGAAUCUUGUGAAGCAACAAGAAUGGGUGAAUCAGCAAAGGGAAGAUAUUGAAAGGCAAAGGAAACUUCUAGCCAAACGCAAACCUCCCACAGCUAAUAAUUCUCAGGCACCCUCUACCAAUUCUGAACCAAAACAAAGGAAAAACAAAGCAGUCAAUGGAGCAGAAAAUGAUCCCUUUGUUAGACCAAAUUUACCACAACUGUUGACUUUGGCAGAAUAUCAUGAACAGGAAGAAAUAUUCAAACUUAGACUAGGACAUCUCAAAAAGGAAGAGGCAGAAAUCCAGGCAGAACUUGAACGUUUGGAAAGAGUCAGAAAUCUUCACAUACGAGAGCUGAAAAGAAUAAACAAUGAAGAUAAUUCACAGUUCAAAGAUCAUCCAACAUUAAACGAAAGAUAUUUAUUACUCCAUCUGCUUGGUAGAGGUGGCUUUAGUGAAGUAUAUAAGGCUUUUGACCUUUAUGAACAAAGAUAUGCUGCUGUGAAGAUACAUCAGCUUAAUAAAAGCUGGAGAGAUGAGAAGAAAGAAAACUACCACAAACAUGCCUGCAGAGAGUAUAGAAUACACAAAGAACUGGAUCACCCCAGAAUAGUUAAACUCUAUGAUUAUUUCUCCUUGGAUACAGAUACGUUUUGUACAGUGUUAGAAUACUGUGAAGGCAAUGACUUGGAUUUCUAUCUGAAGCAACACAAGUUAAUGUCAGAGAAGGAAGCUAGGUCUAUUGUAAUGCAGAUUGUAAAUGCACUAAGAUAUCUCAAUGAGAUCAAACCCCCUAUUAUACAUUAUGAUCUUAAGCCAGGAAACAUCCUUUUGGUAGAUGGAACAGCAUGUGGUGAAAUCAAAAUCACUGAUUUUGGUCUGUCCAAGAUUAUGGAUGAUGAUAGCUAUGGUGUAGAUGGAAUGGAUCUAACUUCCCAGGGGGCAGGCACUUACUGGUAUUUACCUCCUGAGUGUUUUGUAGUUGGAAAAGAGCCACCAAAGAUUUCCAACAAGGUUGAUGUAUGGUCAGUUGGAGUCAUCUUCUUUCAGUGUCUUUAUGGUAGAAAGCCAUUUGGUCACAAUCAAUCUCAACAAGACAUUCUUCAAGAAAAUACAAUAUUAAAAGCCACCGAAGUCCAGUUCCCUGUAAAACCGGUUGUAAGCAGUGAAGCCAAGGCCUUUAUAAGACGCUGUUUGGCCUAUCGAAAAGAAGAUCGAUUUGAUGUGCACCAGCUGGCAAAUGACCCAUACCUUCUCCCACACAUGAGAAGAUCGAAUUCUUCAGGAAACCUACACAUGGCUGGGCUGACAGCAUCCCCUACCCCCCCUUCUUCAAGCAUAAUUACUUACUGACUUUCCUCCAAGAUUGGCAUGAUAUCUUUGAAUUGCUUCCAGAUGCACACUUGAGUUUGAGAGCAUUUGACUGUUUUUUUGUUUUUUUUUUUUUUUUACGUAAGACAUGAUUAAGAACUGUUUGUGAACUGAAAGUUCCUCAUAGUGUCAUUGUAUGAGAGUGGAUCAUGGACAGUGAAUAAAUGCACACUUCUGACUAUAAUUUUGAGCAGUGAAGGAUGACUGCCUGUUAAACAGAAACAGGAAGACCAUGUUAAGAUAGAAGAAAACACAUUUUGUUUCAUUUGGGGGAACACUGUAAAUAACGUUUAUAAUACUUAAAUACAUUUGGUUGUUACUAGAGAGUUCUAAUAUGAAGGGUAGUUUUUCAUUAUUUAAAAACACAUGGAAAAAUAUGAGACAUAUUUCUAACACACGAAUUACAGUGCCUGGAUACAUUCUUCAGCAUUUGGCAGUUAAUCUGCUGAAACCAAAGUAAGAACUGAAUGACAGUGACAGUUGUGUUUUAUAGUAAUAGAAUGCGAGAGUUAGAAUCUUUGGACGAAGUUAGGCUUUGUCAUUUGCCUAUUCUGGUCUUUACCAAGUUGUACCUCGAAAUCACAUGUCCGUUUUCUUUCACUGGUUAUAUUAAAGGGAGAACUAUUGUUUUUAAAUACUUUACACCUUGGGCAAAGUGAGCUGCUUGUUUUGAAAUCAGUUGAAUUCACUAAAUUGUAAUAUUGCCAGUGUUUUCAACACAUUAGAAUUGCUAACAGGUAUUUUUCUUUUGUUACCAGGCCUUGUUCAUCAAAACAGGUGACAGUAUGUAACCAAAUGCAGACCAGUUCUAUGCAGGAUAAUGAUAAAUUCCCUUCUAGCUCUAUUGUAAAUUGUUGUACAGAUGUCAUAUUUCAAUUACUAAGUUUCAGCAGCUUAUUCUUGUACAAAUGUUUAAAAUAUGGCUUUUCUAAUUGGAUAUUGUAUUUUUUUUAAGUCUUCUUGAAGGCGCUCUAAUUGCUGCUAAAUGAUGUUGCUUCUUUGCUAAAAAAUUAAAUGACCUCCUAGAAGGUGCAAGUUGACUGUACAUCAGAGAUAUUAAAAAGCAGACAUUCAUUAACAAUCAAGAUGUAAAAAUGAUCCACGUUGGAUAUGUUGAGUUCUUUAAAUCAGUUAAUUGGCUUCUAGGGCUGUGGAGCACAUAGAUACUAGAUUUAUAAAUUGUUCAUGGUUAUUCUACAUUUCUAGAAAGUUCUUAUCAGGAAGAUGGUCCCAUAAACAAGUUUCUUGUGAUUUGUACAGCUUUGUUAAAAUGUGAACAUUUUCUAACUGCCUCGUAGGGUAGAAACCAAUAUUUUUCAGGAUGCUGUAUUUCACUCCUGUAAGGACUUUUUCCUUAUUGUCACAUUCAUAAGGCUGAUUCUUAACAUGUAAGUUGUUCAUGUUGCAGAAAAAGGAGGUUAUACUUACCACGGAUUAUCUUUAAUAUUGUACAGUUAAACUGUAUUUCUGAUGUUGCAAGCCAUUUUGUUUUUUCAUUGUACAUAGACACAUUGUCUCUUUAAAAUGCUGCUGAAAUUGUAGAGAAUAUAGCCAAAACAGUAAUAAACAAUGACAGUUAAAAUGUAAA